CCCCUCAACGCUCAGACUCACCCAGUCCGCCGCAGUCAGUUUGAAGUUGGCCACGAGAGUGAAAGGUGUGUGUGAGUUUGAUCUCGUCGUUGACUGGGUUGCGUCUCCCUCAUUUAACCGACUGUUCUUCGCAAGGAUUGGAUUAUAUUUAUUUGCGGGCCAUAUAGGUGAUGGUAGUAUGGGAAACUUACUGAGGCUGCUUGCGAGGGACGAUGCUGGCAACAGUUGUUGCUCUCACCAGAAAUACGACGUCUUCUUGGACUUUGAGAAUGCAUCCCCGAGCGAGGCCGAACAAGCCCUGUAUGACGACGUGGGCCGCGUUCUUAGGGGAUCUCAGACGGUCAUACAAGACCUCCAGCAGUAUAAAGGCGCCGCCAAGGAGAUAAGAGAGGCUAUUAGUGAUUCCGGCGACGAGCACCAGAGGCGAGCCCGCGAGACCGUCCUACCUCUCGUUCAGAAACUCAAACAGUUCUAUCUCUUCUCCAACGAUAUAGAGGCCAUAGUGCCGAGAAUCUUGGCAGAAUUAUGUGGUCCAGAGCUAACGCCCACCCAGCACUUAGAAACCCAGCAGGCCCUCGUCAAACAGUUUGCCGAGAUAUUGGAGUUCACCUUGAAAUUUGAUGAGCUCAAGAUGACGACCCCGGCUAUUCAGAAUGACUUCAGUUACUAUCGUCGUACCGUCACGAGAUCCAGGAUGGAAAUGAAUGGGUCUGACGGCUGGGAGGAGAACGUCAACAUCGACCACCAGCUUGCCAACAAAAUGAGUCUCUUCUACGCAAAUUCCACGCCCAUGCUCAAAGUACUGAGCAAGGCGACGUCCACGUUUGUUGCCGAGCACAAAGAAAUACCCCUAGAAAAUACAACAGAGACGCUUGGCACCAUGGCUAAAGUCUGCCAAAGAAUGUUAGAAAAUCCAGAUUUGAUUGCAAGGUUCCGUCGUGAAGAAACACAACUUUUCAUUCUUCGGGUCAUGGUUGCGCUCAUCAUUCUCUAUGAUCAUGUGCAUCCUGUUGGUGCUUUUGUCAAGGCUUCCAAUGUUGAUGUGAAGGGAUGUGUUAAAGUUUUAAAGGAGCAGCCUGCCUCUAGCUCUGAAAAUCUCCUUAAUGCCCUUAGGUACACGACCAUGCAUCUGAAUGAUGAUAAUACACCAAAGCAAAUAAAGACUUUGCUCUCAGUUUAACACAAUAAGCAUUAUGUAGAAGAAAACUUUCGGACUGAAAAAUGGACUUCAAUUUGCAGUGAAUGAGGAGUGGGCUUCAAAUUGCAGUAGCUAUUUGAACAUUUCAUCAUGUGAUUCAUACCUCUUACCCUUAAAUGUAUGCUGUGUUUUGCUAUUUAAGUAUGUGUGUAAGUAUGUGUGUGUGAUAAAGACAGUAAAGGAGCCCUCUGUAUAUAAGUCAGGUUGGGUGCAUAUAAAAUGAAAUGCAUAUUGUUUUUAUAUAGGAGUGACCCUAAUGGGUUUGCUGAAAUCUGAGUAUUCAUCCAUUUAGUAGGCUACUUGGCAAUUGACUUAAGAUUUUUACUGAGGAAUCUGAUAAAUGUUGUUAAAGGAUGGAAAGGAUCCAAUACAACAUGCAUGUGGCCUAAGCUAUAGUUAUUCAAUUGAGAGUAGAUCUCUUUUAUAAGAAUCGAAGUCAUUAUCUAUCAAGUUUAUCUUCUCACAUUUGUUCAGACAGAACAGUGAUAUUUUCUUUCAAAUUGUGUAAUGUUACUGUUGAGGCAAUCAAAUAUAAAAGAAGCUCCCCAGAUCCGUUCAUUUUCAUGAUAAUCAUUUUAUUAGUAUUUAAUGAAAAUACUGUAGUAGCAAUGAUGUAACUGACAGAGUUUUGGACAAUAUCCUCACAGUUUAAGUUGAAAACCUCUGUCAUUAUUAUGAAGUAGCAUCAAGAGACCUUGGAAGUAUACAAUAGUAAUUUUUAUAUUUGCCUGGUAAUACCCAGCCCAAAAUUUGAACUUAAAAUCGGCAAGAUGUCAAUGGUCAUGUUCAUAUUUGAGAAUGUUUUUUUUUUUUUUUUUUUUUCUUUUUUUAGUACUUCAGUGCAACUUGAUAAUACAUACUCACAGACUUGCAUCACUGAAGUUUAUUUUAUGCAAUUUUUUAAAUUUGAAUUUGGAUAACUGAUUAUUAGCGAUUGAUUCUCAUCUCUGCCUCAUCAUUUUGUAUUAAGGUGUUCAAAUUUUAAAAAAAUGUAUGUAUAUUAAAAAUUUGACUUUGUCUUCUAGAUGCAAAUUCCAUAUUGGAUAUUAUAGUGUUGCAAAAUAGAGAAUUGAAAGUAGUAUGUAAUAAUGUGUAUUUUGAGUUGUAAAUUUCUUUAAAUUUCCAUAUUUAUACUUUUGCACUGUUGUUGGUUCGAAGGUGAUUUUUACUUCCCUGUUUUGUAUUUUUGCCUCAUUUUUCAAUAUCUCACAAAACUUAGAGUUCCCAAUUUUAUUUUUAUUUUAUUAAAGUACACCAAAUUAUUUGGUAGGUAAUGGACGAAGUGAAUCACUAAAAAUGAUACGUACUGUACAGUAUGAACAGGAUUUGAUAUUAGUAAAUUGUGGUAUCAGUACACCCGUUAUUAACGAGUGAUUGUACUGUAUUGAGAUCAGUUAUUUAGGUAGACUCUACAGUAUUUCUAAAUUUAAGAAAGUGUUUGCUUUGUGAACAAAGUAACUGUGUACUCCUAGUGUAUGUUGGUUUCAAGGAUAUUUUUAAUUAUGUCAGAGGUUACCAUCAUUACACAGUGUUCAGACAGUGUCACAUAAGCACAUUUUCCAUCUUCACAUCUGCAAAUUUUGCACCAUGUAGCCAGUAUAUUUUUCAGUAUUGGUUCAUAACUGAAGUCAUACAAGUUCAGUGAAGUUGAUGUCACUUGAACAUGUGACAUCACAUUAAGUCUUUGUGGCUGAAGAUUAUUAAUAUGGUCCAUUCAUAAUGAUUUAGUUUUUAUUGAAUUUGGUUUUAUUUUCUUACCUGUGGUGCAAGACAAACUUGAUUAAGUUUUGUUUCUUCUCAGUACUUUCUAAGUUAGUUCAACAAUGAAGUCUCUCCAUACAGUUGCAAAAUUCAGUUUAGAGAUGUCUGUCAUUCAAGAUAUUUGAUUUUAUUGUGUGUUUAAUUCCUAUUAUGUCAUGCAUUGGUGAUAUCUCUAUUCUGUAGCAUAUAUCUAAAAUUAUUGGCUGCCACAGUACAAAUUACUACCAUUACCAUUUACUUUAUUUCAGUACCAUUUAAAUUUUAUCAUAAGUUAAUUAUCAGUACAUAAUAUGAUUCCUGUGCAGGGUGGUCUGUAAUGCACUGCAUCAUAUAUACUGUGUAUAUAGCUUAGAAUACAGUUUCAUAUCAGUGAAAGAUAGUCAAGCCACAGGGAAUUUGAUAUAAUGGGCAGUUACAGAUAGGAUUUUGUUGAUAAAUGGUAAUCAGGGGACUAAUUCGACAGUGCUAGUUAUUGCAACUAUAUUUUUAAUGUCCCAUUUAUAACAUGGCAUUUUCUUACAAGAUUUGAGUAUAAUAAGUGAUUUUUUUCCUCAAAGGUAAACUUCUAGAAUGUUUUCAGUUAAAUUUUUGAGAAUCUAGAUUUAUUUAAAUGAUGGGAAUUACUCUCUUGUAAAUAUAUAAGUAGAUAAAUUUAACCAUUACAACGAUAUAUUAGUGUAUUCAUAUGAUUGAUAUGUUCUGUCAACAUUCAGCAGUAAUAGCAUAGUAUCUUCUUCACUGAUUCAGUUUCAAGACGUUGCUUUAGAGUCAGUAACUUCAAAUCAACAGUCAAACACAAGUACAAACAUAUCAGAUAUUCUUUUAACUGUACAAAUGUAUAGUUAACUUUUGCAACAGAGUAUGAGUGCAGACCUGCCAGGGAAAACGAGCUUUCUAACCAUCGUUAUUAUCUCUAAUGUUCCAUACAAAAUAUUAUGACCACAUGUGUUGGUAGCCAGAAAAAUCAAGAUCUGGUGAUGGAAAGUAAUAUUUUACAAAGUGAUUUUUUUUUUCAAUUAACCUAAUUUUGUUAGGUAAGAAGAUGCUCAAAAAGAAAAUGUAAAAUGUACUUCAGUCAUUUGUUCAAAUGUAUGCACUAUCAUAUUUUAUUUUGGACAAUGCCUGGAGGGUUAUUUUGUGAGAGUAAACUGCUCUUCUGAUAAUGCUGUUUCUCAUCACAAAGGAAAUUUGCAUUUAUGACCAAGAGUAUAAGGGUGCAUAUACUUUAAUGUAGUAAUUCAAUGCAGUAAUUUGAUGCAGUUAUUCAUAGUACUGUAAAUGAAAUUUGUCUACUUACUGACAGUUAUAUUUUGGUCAGCUAUAGGAAAGUUGCAGAUCUUGACUC